UGAAGUUUAUCACUCUUCUACCCCUAUUGUUUCUAGUAUUGAGUAUUGAACGUACAUGACAUAUCCCAACUCACCGUUCACCUUCCCAACAUUGGCUCCAAUAGCUCCAUGGACAUUCCCUCCGUUCUCAUUUGGUGGCCCUUCAUUGUUCGGUGAUUCAUCCAUUCUCAUUUCAAUUACAAUUUGUGAUAAACCAAAAGGUGGCGAUCCAAACUCACAUUGUGAAGUGCUCAACAUCCCGAAAAACACCAGUUGAUUGUCAAAUUGCAUUCGGAGAAAAAUUGAAAGAAGUUCUGGAGAACAAGGAACAUGAAUAAUAUAGCAAAAAUAACGGUUUUCUUGUUUCAAUUGAAACAUUCAAAGUAACUGUUCUCAAUAAAGCAAUUGAAU